GCAGUGGAGAGGGAAGGUGUGUUUAGUUGGAGUGGGCUUUCGGGAGCGCAGCAUCGUGUUACCGAUAGGUGUGUUACCUCGCCCAUUGUCUGAUCCAGUCCGCUUGUGUACCUGUUUUCCCCCUUUUACGUGGAUACCUUUUUGAGGGAAAAUACCGUUUAUGGUCCUGGCUGAAGAUUUCACCAUGUCUCGCACCGACGAGGUUCACCGCCUGACGGAAAACGUCUACAAGACCAUCAUGGAGCAGUUCAAUCCCUGCUUACGGAACUUUGUUGCCAUGGGGAAGAGCUAUGAGAAGGCCCUCGCCAAUGUGACAUUUGCUGCCAAAGGCUACUUUGAUGCUCUGGUCAGAAUGGGUGAGCUGGCCAGUGAGAGCCAAGGAUCCAAAGAUUUGGGGGAUGUGCUGUUCCAGAUGGCUGAGGUCCACAGACAGAUCCAAGUGCAGCUAGAAGAGAUGUUGAAAUCCUUUCACAACGAGCUGCUUUCCGAGCUGGAGAAGAAGGUUGAGCUGGAUGCUCGUUAUCUGACUGCUGCACUGAAGAAAUACCAGAUGGAACACAAGAGCAAAGGGGAGAGUCUGGAAAAGUGCCAGGCAGAGCUGAAGAAACUACGCAGGAAGAGCCAGGGCAGCAAGAACCCCUCCAAGUACGGAGAGAAAGAGAUGCAGUUCGUGGAGACCAUAAGCAGUAAGCAGAGUGAACUGGACACCUUCAUCGCCGAGGGAUACAAAACAGCAUUGUCUGAGGAGCGUCGCAGGUACUGCUUCUUGGUGGACCGCCAGUGUGCCGUGGCCAAGAACAGCAGCGCCUACCAUGGCAAGGGUAAGGACCUGCUGACCCAAAAGAUCCCAAUGUGGCAGCAGGCCUGUUCUGACCCCAAUAAGCUGCCAGAGAGGGCCAUGCUGCUGGCCCAGCAGAUGGGCUCUGUAGGAGCCACCCUCGGGGGCACCAGCCCUCUGCACACCUCCAAAUCCAACCUGGUCAUCUCGGACCCCAUCCCGGGGGCUCAGCCUCUCCCUGUGCCCCCAGAGCUGGCUGUCUUCAUGGGCAGUGGCCUGGGACACCAGGCGAGGCUGAUGGGCCCUGAUGGCAUGUCGAUGGUCAAUGGAACGACAGGGGUCCAUGGGGAGGACUACUGGACUGAGGGAGGGAACAUGUCUGUGUCCCAGGUCAGGCCCUCAUCCCCUCAGACCCAGGGCCAGGUCCAGACCCAGGCUCAGCCCCAAAGACAGGUCAGCGAGGUCUACUCCAACACUCUGCCGGUCCGCAGGCCUGCUCCCGCCAAGAAUAAGAACCCCGUGGGAGAGACACGAACCCUGCCCCGGUCCAGCUCCAUGGCAGCAGGACUGGAGAAGAACGGGCGCUCCCGUGUCCAGGCCAUCUUCUCCCAUGCUGCAGGUGACAACAGCACCCUGCUCAGCUUCUCCGAGGGAGAUGUCAUCACCCUGCUUGUGCCUGAAGCCCGUGAUGGCUGGCACUAUGGGGAGAAUGAGAAGAACAAGAUGCGCGGCUGGUUCCCAUUCUCCUACACGCGUGUGCUGCCCGAAAGCGACAGCGACAAGCUCAGAGUGAAUCUGCAUCACGGUAAAAGUAGCAGCACAGGGAACCUACUAGAGAGCGACGUGUCCCUGCCCAUGCCUGACUACGGCCUGACCGCCCGGCUCCUGGCCCAGAGCGUAGCACAGACCCGCCCUCGCCCCUACAGCAUGGCAGGCUUUGGCACACAGCCUGCCAUUGAGGAUUAUGACAGUCGCUUUGCCACAAGUUUGGGUCCAGAAUUGUCCCGGUUCUGAGGGAACAGGACCUCCUGACCGAUCCCUGGAGGUCUACCUCCGGCCCACCUUCACUGAUGACAGAUCUGCACCCAUCUUCUACUAGCAGCCUGCUGUCCCCCUUUAUUUGCUUAUGGGCCCUACUCCCAUAAGAGGAGGGAGAAAAUGCUGCCGUUGGCAUGUUUUGCUUGUAUGAUCGUGUUUAAGACGGCCCAAAAGUGUGAUUCAGAGGGGAAAAAAAGUCACCUCACGGAUGUAUAACAGUGGGAAUUUUGUUUUGUUUUUGUUUUUGUUUUGUUUUUUUUAAUUAUUAUUAUUAUUUUCUGUGGAAAUUAAUGAUGUUUUGUAAACAGCUCCACAGUGCGACAGGUAAACACACUGCGAAUUUAGCCUGGACAUUCAAGUACAAGUGUGGCAGUAGAUUUCAUUAGUUAAUUAGACCACACCAACGAUGAAUAAGGUAUGACUAAUAGAUUUCGCUAAUAAUGUUGUAAACGUAGGCUGGUUGUCACUACUGCAGCUUUUACACAUUAAUAUUUCUCUACAGAUCUGCUAUGGGCUUUUUGUUUUCUUUGACAUUCUACACAAACUUUCAUUUGAGAAUUGUUUAGGUACAAUGUAAGUUGAGCAGUGAAGGCACACUCAUAAGUAGUUACUCAAACAAAGUUCAAGGUUCGACAUAGAAGAUGGUCUAUAAUACUCUUUUCAUAACCUAUGUUGUGAAUUGCAUCACUGCAACGUGCACAAAAGACAGCGUGUAGUUUGGAUACUUCUGCAGAUUGCUAGAACUGUACAGAUGUUGACUAACCUGUAGCUCUGCUUUUGUUAAGUAAAAAAAAAAAAAAAACACUACAUACCACUACUCAUUUAAUAGUUAUGAUACAGUGCACCCACAUUUUAAUAUGGGGACUGUGCCUUCUACUUUUUUUAAACAGGCUGAUGGAACUCUGAGUUAAUCAUUCUGGUAUAAGCAAAGGGAACAUGUGUCACCAUUCUCCUUGUACUAUUUUUUUUUUUUUUUUUUUUAAUUAUUAUUAUUCUUUAAAAUAUCACUGGAUUUUUUUUCCUGCUUGUUUUGUUUCCUCAUAAUUUUGAGACUACUCUUUCCUUACACAUGCUCCCUUUUUUUUUUUUUUUUUUUUUGCUUGAGCAAGUUUAACUCCAGCACAUUUUCAAUUCCAUUGAAAUAAGAAUACAGGAAAACCUUUGAUUUUUCUUUUUUCUUCUUCUUGUGGAACUUCAGUAAUAUCUAAGCUGUUACAUAGCCAAGAUAUGAAAUGCAUGUACAUAAUGAGUCAUUUUAUAUUGAUCAUAUUUAGCUUUGAGGGAGUGGUAGCUUAUCGAAUAGGAUAUUAAUCAUAAUUGUUGAUCAUUCAUUCUCAGUAUUAUACACACAGCUGAGAGAAGAGCUUCAAGUGAGUGAGUGAGACUCAAAAACUUGACUAUGUGGGGACAAGAUUAGAAGUGAUGGAACAGUGAGAAUGUGUACAGACGUGUGAAUGAACUAACAAUCCUUCUAACACUUCAUCGAGUCAUCACUGACAUCACAAGAGAUACUACUUCCCAUGGAUGAGAUUUCUCGACACAGACACUGAGAAAUGUGAUCAUUUAGUUGAUUUGCUCAUAAAGUUUCAAAUGCAUUUUUUACUGUUUUAUAUAUAGUCUCAUUUUGACCAUUCUCACUGUUGUCCCUGUUUGUAUUAUAUCUGUAUUGUACAUAAAGUGCAUAUAAAUUAUCUGGUGCAAAAUAAAUAUAAAUGGGUGUAAAAGUCA